CCCGCGCCCUUCUUCUUCCGCGCUUUAAUCUCUACCUCUCUCGUUGUCGUCCUUUUCUUCGUCGGCACCGCCAUGGCAGCGCAGCCUGUAGCCGAGACCAUCAAUGCAUGGGCCAAUCCUCCCUCUGAUGAAGAGACCUUGACUCUCUUCGAACCGACCACGGAAAAUGCUCAUGCGAUCAAUGCGCACAUCAUAAAUCACCCAUUGGCAGUGAAAUUACGCGGGGAGUCAGGCUGGAUAGAGAGCAGGCCUCAUAUGAAGAUCCCUCCGGCUAUGCGACAACACAACUUGACAGGAGGUGCUCUUCUGGGGGACGGGAAAAUUGAGGUUCCACCUCUUACAUUCAGUGAGGUUGAUGCGGAAUUGCCGCGGAUCGUCCAGAUGACAUAUCUCGGUUCGGGUCUAUGUGGACAUCCAAACAUCGUGCAUGGCGGUCUGCUUGCGACAAUGCUCGAUGAGGGUCUGGCACGCUGCUGUUUCCACGCACUACCCAACAAAAUCGGGGUGACCGCAAGUCUAAAGAUUGACUACCGCGCGCCUUGCCCCGGCAACAGCUACGUGGUCCUGAAGGCAGAGACAACUAAGGUGGAAGGCCGCAAGGCUUGGGUGAAGGGCUGGAUUGAGGUGCUCGGAGAGGAGGAUGGUACUGGCGUCAAGCUGGUUGAAGCCGAGGCACUGUUCAUCGAGCCCAAAGGCGCGAAACAAAUGGCUCGCAUAUACAGCGCUACAUGA